GUUCCGGCGGCUGUGCCAUUACAUCGUGAACCUGCGCUAUUUCGAGAUGUGCAUCCUGAUGGUGAUCGCCAUGAGCAGCAUCGCGCUGGCGGCCGAGGACCCCGUGCAGCCCAACGCCCCCCGCAACAACGUGCUGCGUUACUUCGAUUACGUCUUCACGGGGGUCUUCACCUUCGAGAUGGUGAUCAAGAUGGUGGACCUGGGGCUGGUGCUGCACCAAGGCUCCUACUUCCGGGACCUGUGGAACAUUCUGGAUUUCAUCGUGGUCAGCGGAGCCCUGGUGGCCUUCGCCUUCACAGGCAGCAGCAAGGGCAAGGACAUCAACACCAUCAAGUCGCUGCGCGUGCUGCGCGUGCUGCGGCCCCUCAAGACCAUCAAGAGGCUGCCCAAGCUCAAGGCCGUGUUCGACUGCGUGGUGAACUCCCUCAAGAACGUGCUCAACAUCCUCAUCGUCUACAUGCUCUUCAUGUUCAUCUUCGCCGUGGUGGCCGUGCAGCUCUUCAAGGGCAAGUUCUUCUACUGCACCGACGAGUCCAAGGAGUUCGAGAAGGACUGCAGGGGGGAGUACCUGGUCUACGAGAAGGACAACGAGGUGAAGGCGCAGAAGCGCGAGUGGAAGAAGUACGAGUUCCACUACGACAACGUGCUCUGGGCGCUGCUGACGCUCUUCACCGUCUCCACCGGCGAGGGCUGGCCGCAGGUGCUGAAGCACUCGGUGGAUGCCACCUACGAGAACCAGGGCCCGAGCCCCGGGUACCGCAUGGAGAUGUCCAUCUUCUACGUGGUCUACUUCGUGGUGUUCCCCUUCUUCUUCGUCAACAUCUUCGUGGCCCUCAUCAUCAUCACCUUCCAGGAGCAGGGCGACAAGAUGAUGGAGGAGUACAGCCUGGAGAAGAACGAGAGGGCCUGCAUCGACUUUGCCAUCA